UUCUCAACCACAAGAUCAUCUGGAAUCACCUUCAGGGACUGCUAAGCCCUACAAGAGGGGGGCUGUUUAGACAAGAGGAAUUGAGGAGAAGGCUGUGAAGGGCUCAGCUUGGAGCACGAUGAAGAGCUUCCCUGCGGCUUCCCUUGUGCUCCUACUUUUCAUCCUGAGUGUCCACCUUGGAACUGCCACACGUGGCAGUGAUGUGGCCAAAUACUGCUGCUUACGAUUCAGCCCAAAGAUCCUUCCCUGGAAAUUGGUGCGAAGCUAUGAAUUCACUAGGAGCAGCUGUCCCCAGGAGGCUGUGAUAUUCACUACCAAAAGAGGCCUGAGAGUCUGUGCAGAACCGAAGGAAAAAUGGGUGCAAAAAUAUAUUUCUUUACUGAAACCUUGACAACGGUUGUGACUGCCGAGUUUUUAACCCAAGGACACUUGGACCCUGCCAUUGGCCCUGUCGUCCUUGGCAGAGCCUGGAGGAUUUCUCAACAGAAGGAUCCAUGGGCCUGGGGGAGAGGAAGAGGUUUUUCCACCAGAGUUUUGUUUA